AUGGAGGAACAAGAGGUUAAGAAGAUCCACAGAGCAACAAAAGAUGAUGAUGAUGAUGAUGGAUGUCAAGUAGACCAUAUUCCUCUAGAUCUAACCUUGGAGAUAAUUUCAAGACUUCCUGCGAAAUCGAUCGCAAGAUUUCUCUCUGUAUCCAAGCUCUGGUCUUCUUUCACCACAUUCCCGAGUCUUAUCAACUCCUUCGCGUCUCGGUCCUCUUCACUGCCACCGCGUCUUCUGCUCACCUUCUCACUACAUGGGAAGCACUUCGUUUUCUGCUUUCCUCAAAACCAGAAUCACGAGGGGUUUUAUCCUCCUUUCUACAGUUAUCAAAUCACAAACCCUAAAUAUUAUGGUAUUAAGCUAUCCGAGAGCGUCCAUGGCUUGAUUUUACUUAGGAAUCUAGUAGUAUGGAACCCAACCUUGAGACGGCUUUUAACCUUUCCACAACCCCAACAAACCAUCUCGCUUAAAGAUUUGCCUUAUUUGGGAUACUGUUCUUAUCUGGGCUACGAUCCUUUGGAAGGUAAACACAAAGUAUUAUUCAUGUUGAGAAUGAAAUAUACCGACCAGCCACGGGUUUUUACAUUGGGAGGUCAAGAAUCAUGGAGAAUAAUAACCAAAGGACGUUGCCCUAUGCAUUCCCCAACUGGAGGAUAUGGGCGAUGCUUCAAUGGGAUUCUGUAUUAUGAAGCUCAUGAUACUGAUGGUCAUCGUAUAAUAAUGAGCUUUGAUGUCAAACAUGAAAACUUCAAUCUUAUAAAACUACCGGAAGGUUGUUAUCAAUUGCCGUGCCAUAUGACACUUCACGAGGGAAGGCUAGCCUUAGUUCCUAGAAGCGUUCACUUUGGCAAGCUUGAUCUAUAUAUUUUGAAAAAUCCAAAUAGAGACGAAUGGCUGCAUGAAAAAUGCUUUCUUGAUAUACCUGCUAGUGUAUUUUUCAACGGUGUUACUGCUGCUGGUGAGCUUGUUUUUACCACCGCCAAGAAAGAAUCACUUUCUAUUGUAUAUUUCAAUCCAAGUAGCAACAUUAUGAGGGUAGCUUUGUUUGAAGGAAUUGUGGGUGGUGACUUUAGACGUCGUUAUGGACUUUCUAGCUACGGCGAUAUAUACAAUAUCAGUGUUUUCCCAAACCACUCCGAGACUCUUGUGUCUUUCUAAAAUCAGCGGUUCUUUCGUUGUUGCUCUGUGUUUUUUCUUCUCAGUGACACUUGAUUUUUAUGACACUAUAUGAUUCUCUUAUGUUUUCGUUUUUCUUGUGAUCUCCAAUUAAUGAUUUGAUCGUUCCUUGA